AAGAUUUCAUUAGUGAUCGACGUAAGCGGCGUUAGAAGCGGUCUAACUCUCUCUCAUCUAUCCAAAUUUUUCUUCAUUUUCUUUUUUCAGCGCUUUAUUGUCCCCUCCUUUCUUCUUCUUCUUCUUCAUCUUCUUCUUCUUACGACGUCGUUGCAAGAUGAUGAUGCCACCGGGACUCGUUUCCAAUCUCCAAGAAGCGCUCCUCAGCAGAAAAUCGGAAUCGAAUUCCGAGGCGGAGCAAGCCAGCGAGGAGCCUCUGGAACCUGAAUUCGACGAGUCGAAGCCAAUUGUGUUGGUCACGAACACCGACGGCGUCGAUUCCCCCGGCCUCACGCACCUCGUCGAAGCUCUCGUUAAUCAAGCCCUCUACAAUGUCCACGUCAUCGUUCCGCAAUCGGACAAAUCCGCUUCCGCGCACUCCGUUACCCUCCGCGAAACCGUAGAAGCCGCUUCCGCCAAAUUGAGCGGCGCCACCGCCUUCGAGAUUUCAGGGACUACUGUGGACUGUGUUUCGCUGGCGUUAUCUGGAGCGUUGUUUUCGUGGUCAAAGCCUAUGCUGGUUAUUAGCGGGAUUAACCGGGGAUCGAACUGUGGUCAUAACAUAUUCUACUCGGGGGUUGUUGCCGGAGCUAGGGAGGCGUUGUUAUGGGGUGUGCCGGCAUUAUCAAUAUCAUUGAAUUGGAAGAAGGAUGAGAGUAAAGAAGAUGAUUUCAAGGAUGCAGCAUCAAUCUGUUUACCGUUAAUAAAUGCAGCUAUUAGGGAUGUUGAAAAGGGAACUUUUCCCAAAAGCUGCUUUCUAGAUAUUGAAAUUCCCACGUCUCCUUUGAGUAACAAGGGCUUCAAAUUGACCAAGCAAAGUAUGAAGAGAUCCACUCUAAACUGGCUGGCUGUUUCGUCCAGCCGCUAUCCAACUGGUCAUUUCUUGGCCAAUCAACAAGGUGGCCUUGGUCUUCAGUUUGCGCAGCUUGGCCGAGAUGCUUCUGCAGCUGGUGCAGCUCGUCGAUUGGCUACACAGAAAAAGAAUUUGGAGAUUAUUGAAUCAACUGGAGCUGCAGGAAAAUCUGAUCCUAACAGGGUGAAGAAGUAUUUCAGGCUAGAGUUUUUGGACAAACAGCAGGAAGAGGAAGAAAUAGACGAAGAUCUGGAUUACAGAGCACUUGAAAGUGGAUAUGUUGCAGUGACUCCGCUGUCUCUUUCUCCUCAUAUUGAAACUGAUAUUCAAACGGCAGCUUCUGAUUGGAUUUCUGAUGUGCUUCCUAGUGGACAAUAAAUUGAAAGUUUAGUAUGAUUGUGUACAUUUGAGAUUUAUGAUGAUUCUUUCCUCUAUUUUUUUUCUUCCUUAAAGCAAAGAUGGAGCAGAAGCGGUAGUCACACCAAUUCAAUAGUGGAUUUCCACUUGUACUAUUUUUUUUUUAAUUUUUUUUUUUACAUUUUUUUUUUGUUUCCUUCUUCAUUGUUUCAUUUCCUAUGGUCACUUAGUUAUUUCUGAUUUGAAGCAAAUGCUUCUUGUAAUUUUCUUGGGCAUAUUUUAGAAAAAUGCCAUUUCGUCUGUUUGUAAUAUCUAUCUAUUACUAGUAAAAACAUUGGAGCAGCUGUAUUUUCCCGCUUAUUUUUUUGUUGGAAAAUAGUUAAACUUUUGAUU